AGUUCAUUUUGGUAGUGGCCGGAAUAUUUUUCCGGAAAAUACGGAAUCCGAUCAGAUUCGCCGGAGGUUUUGCUUUCGGAUUCGUGGGUUUCGUUCCUUUUUGAAAGAUAGUGUUUUUAGCCACAAACAAAAACACUUUAAUGUUUUACCGAUCUGCUUCUUCCAUUCUCGACCGACAACAGCACCAACAACAGGACCUUCUGUCGUCGUCUACACUCAUGUCAACCGAAACCCUUCAAAACCCUAACCCUAAAAUCUCCGCUUACUACCAGACCAGGGCGGCGCAUCACGGCGUUAUAACCAGUGAUUGGCUCGCUCAGUCUCAGGCCGCAGUCGGCCAAGAUCCGGGUGCCCUUCCGCUGGACAGUCCCGUGCCGCCGCGCGGAGAUUCUGGCAAGCAGUUCAGCGUCAUCGAUGAGUUUAAUUACUGGCGGAAGCAACCCGAUUUAGCCGAAGCCGUUGCUGCAAUUAGGGCUUUGGCUUCCGUUAUGCGUUCGAGCGAGGCUACAACAAUGAUGGAACUCGAGAUUGAGCUCAAAAAGGCAUCUGACUCUCUAAAGUCAUGGGAUACAACUUCAAUAUCAUUGACUGCUGGAUGUGAUCUGUUCUUGCGGUAUGUAACAAGGACAUCAGCUUUGGAAUACGAGGAAUUCAGUUCAGCUAAAUCCCGCCUCAUUGAACGUGCAGACAAGUUUGGGGAAAUAUCUCUCAAGGCAAGAAAGAUCAUAGCAAUGCUUAGCCAAGAUUUCAUUUUUGAUGGCUGUACUAUUAUGGUUCAUGGCUUCUCUAGAGUUGUUUUAGAAGUUCUCAAGUUGGCAGCACAGAGCAAGAAACAGUUCCGCGUCCUCUGUACAGAGGGAAGGCCAGACAGGACGGGGCUACUAUUAUCGAAUGAGCUUGCAAAAGUUGAUGUUCCUGUAAAACUGUUAAUAGACUCGGCUGCUGCAUACAGUAUGGAUGAAGUUGACAUGGUGUUAGUAGGGGCCGACGGUGUGGUAGAGAGCGGAGGUAUCAUCAAUAUGAUGGGAACUUAUCAAAUUGCUUUGGUGGCUCAUAGCAUGAAUAAACCUGUAUAUGUUGCUGCUGAGAGUUACAAGUUUGCUCGGUUGUAUCCUUUGGACCAGAAAGACAUGGUGCCGGCUCUACGCCCAAUUGACUUUGGCGUGCCGAUACCUUCCAAGGUGGAAGUUGAAACAUCUGCAAGGGAUUAUACACCUCCACAAUAUCUCACCCUUCUCUUCACAGAUCUUGGGGUUCUAACACCUUCUGUUGUAAGUGAUGAACUUAUUCAGUUGUACUUGUAGUAGACCUUUAACAUUUUGUUUGUUUGAUCAUAUCAUUAGAUAAAGUUGGCUGGAUUCACCAACCCUACAUGCAUUUUGUUGCUAACUGUUGAACCAACAUACUAUUUUUUUAUUACCAGAGUUUUUUUUGUUGCUAAA